UAAAGUGGCCAGAGAGUUCUCGUACAUCACUUCGAAGCUGCCACUUCAGAGCAAGGCAGGAAGAGAACAUGAAGAGCAAGUAUUUCUUGGCUAUCUUGGUCGCAGCAGGUCUGUUUAUGGAGAUAGCCCAUUCCAUGAUGUGCUUCACGUGUCAAGAGGAGAGGUCUAACUGGGGUUGCCUCCGGAUGUCGUCUUGCCCCCAGAAUGCCCAGAAAUGCCUGACAAUUGCGUCCUAUUCUAGAACUGGUGGCAGACCUGCACGAGUCAUCUCCAAGAUGUGUGCUUCAGAAUGCCCGACUCUGUCCCCGUACUCCAACUCU